GCGCAAGCGAAGUGACAGAUGGCGAGUCCCUCUUCCCUCGGGAAGGCAAUCUCUCCGAAUGCAGGCGCAUGUCAAUCACCGGCUCUCAUGUGAUGGCUCUUGCCAGUGACGUGCCAACCAUAUGGCCUGGCAUCAUAGCUGGUAUGUAACCCUGCCUGGUAGCGAUGCCACACUGUCUCUCCGCGCUCGGAUAGCACUACCAAGCAGACAGCCGCACCUAUAGGAGCCUUCGCUUGAGGUCCCCGAAGAUGGUCUAAUCACAAGCGCUUUCACCCCUUAAGAGCUCCCGCUGAGUGCCGUUAUGUUGACGAGGCUAUUCAGUGAACCCUCUCUGCUGCCUGAUGUACAGAAAUACUCGGGCUGGGCGGAUGACAGUGAAAGCGAAGACUCCAAGACUAAGGAAGAUGAGCAGGAACGUUGCCGCUUGGGAGAUGACGACCUAGAGGACGGGGAACUAAGAGGGGUCAGCAGCCGUACGCACUCUGAAAUUGCCGGUGAGGACGAAGAAGACGAUGAGGGUGAGGAAGAGGAUGGAGAUGAUGAUACGGAGGGUGACAGACCCAAAAAGCGCGGCCCGAAGAAGCGUAAAAUGACACAGGCGCGUAUCGAGCGUUCCAAGUUGCGCCGUCAGAAGGCCAACGCGCGAGAGAGAACGCGCAUGCACGAUCUUAACUCGGCGCUUGAUAAUCUGCGCAAAGUGGUGCCCUGCUAUUCCAAAACUCAGAAACUGUCAAAGAUAGAGACUCUGCGAUUGGCCAAGAACUACAUAUGGGCCCUGUCUGAGAUUCUGCGCUCUGGGAAAAGACCAGACUUGGUAUCCUACGUGCAGACUCUGUGCAAAGGCCUUUCCCAACCCACUACCAACCUUGUGGCUGGUUGUCUGCAGCUGAAUUCCCGGAACUUCUUAACCGAACAGUGCCAAGAAGGGGGUCGCUUCCAUGGACCCAACUCUUUCUCCAUGCACCCCUAUCCGUACCAGUGUUCCCGUCUGUCCAGUCCCCAGUGUCAGACCGGUUCUAACUCGCAUUCGUUAAGGACCCAUGGCUACUGCUCCGCAUAUGACUCACUCUACACCGGGAGCGCCUCUCCUGAAUACAACAGCCCAGAGUAUGAGGGACCUCUCAGCCCACCAGUGUGCAUCAACGGCAAUUUCUCCCUGAAGCAACAGGACUCCGCCUCGCCAGACGCCGAGAAAAGUUACCACUACUCUAUGCACUACUCUGCUCUGCCAAGCUCGCGCCCAGCCGCUGCCCACAAUCUUGUGUUCGGCUCGUCAGGAGUGCGCGGCGGUGUCCACUCCGAAAACGUGCUGCCUUACCACGACAUGCACUUACACCACGACAGGGCACCAAUGUACGAGGAACUUAAUGCCUUUUUCCACAACUGAGAAACCAGAAGACCCCGUGUCCUGUUUUUAUUUCCAACAACAACCUGCCCGUGUGUAGUUGCCAUAAAACUAAAGUGUACUGUACUGUUAUUCCCAACCACUUACACUUGCACCACUGAAUACUGAACCUGAACGACAGAUGACGUGACAACGACAAAACUCAUGCCGUUAGCUUGUUUUUCUUUUCUUUUGGUCACAUUUGCAUUAAUAAGAAAUUAUGACGGUAUGCAAAGAUGGCGUUGUGUCAAAAACGGUUAAAUUGUCGAAAUGAAUUAAUUAAAUCAGUUAAAUAUAUAAAACAGAGAUUGUAAUAAUUCUAUUUGAUCCGGCCUCAGAAGAGACAUUAUAGUGCAUUAAAACUGUUUCAUAAAUCUCGUCAUUUUAAAAAUUACUUGGCAUCAAUAAAGAACAGCUGACCGUAGGUCACAGAUCAACAGUGAUUUGACAAGCAUUAGCGACUUAAUGAGAAUUUUGAAUUCACCUGAACAACGACUAAAGCAAUAAAGAAAUAUAAAUUACCGUUACAUCUAUGCAAGACAUGUGAAACAUUUUAAGUCACAAAAAAUUCACAUUUGGACCAAGAAUCUUUCAAUGCUCGCGUUUACAUUAUUCCCCACCAUUUUUAAUGAAGAUUCUCGACACAUAAUUUCUCAGACCAAGAUUAUAAUGCCACAUGGAACAGGUACAAAGUUAGUGGGUGUAUAUGAAUAUUUUCUUCACCUUUGCCAGCCUUGUAAUAUUCUAUCGUUGUUUAUGGAAGAAGAGUACUCACUGGUGUUGUGUCGAAUAUUCAGCACAAGAAUUCAGUGUUCUUUAAGAAUAAUUUUCCGGUCUUUUUUAGUGAAUCAGCCCCGACAAAAAGGAAGGCAAAGGGUAUCCAACAGUCAACGCGUUUUCUACAAUCGUUCACACCGCCCAGCGGUAACUGCAUUGGGGUCAUACCUUUUUAACAUUUUAUACCAAGAUUUUGUUAUGCUCCAUUUUAUACUCCAGAUUUAACAAAAAUUACAUCACCCAUUCGACAGCAUCCAAAAACAGUUUUAUCUGAGCCUCUGAUAUGACAUUCUGAUAAGAUAUGACUAAAUCUUCCAUCUUUUAAGACAUGAGUUAGCAGUGUGGACGAACUCGAGCACUGUCCAGCAAAGAGGUGACACUGCUUCAAAGAUGUGAUCAAACUGCGACGAUUCGGCUUCAGAUGAACCCCACAAACGUGUGUGUCGUUCGAGAGCACAAAGAUUUCACAUAAAAUUCUAAACCAUUAUGACAGCAGCGAUGGGAUUUUCAUGACCUAGAACAAUUCUAAUGUGUUUGUAAGUUGAAUAUAAUAAAAUAUUACAUCGACUUUGAAGCACACUGCUUUGUAGGAUCGUCUGAACAAAAUGAAAUUUCGCCAGUAGACGAAACUUAAAAAAAUCUACUAAUGGAAAUAAAUAAUGAGAUAACUUCCUUCUAUUUUAUCUCACAGCUAAUGUAGUUUUCAAUGGUAAUUGUGCAUUCCAGGAAUAGUGGAUUUGUCUCUUAAUGUUAACUUUGCACGCACACAAAUGGAUCACGUGGACGGCUGGAAAGCAUGGAUGAUGUACAGCUAAAAUGUUCUAGGACACCUGAAGGAAACUAUUAUUAUUAUUAUUAUUAUUAUUAUUACUACUACACAUUAUGUAAAAACAAAUGUCAUCUAUACAUUGAGCACCGAUUGUUCAACACAUCAGGUUAUAUCAGGCUACAGCAUUUUAGAAACUAAAAUUUCAACAAAACUAAUAAGAUGUUUUUACAUAGAUAAAAAUGUUUACAUACUUAACGUCACUUCAAUUUAUAUCAGUUGGUCAGUUAAUUGUUUACUUCAUACAUAAUUAAACAUUUAAAUAUUUUGAUAUAUCAAUGUAAAAAUUGGAUGGUGUGGUUACAUCCAAAAACAACUGACCUAUGACAUGUACAACAUCAUUCCGCAAAAAAGACAGAGGAAAAUAAUUAGCAAAUCAUAUUAUUAUAUUUUAUUUUAAAGCAC